AGCUCCCCUCAGGUUGGGCUUAAUAAAUGCCAGAUCGGUGGCGAAUAAGACCUUCAUCCUGAAGGAUUUCUUUUCUUCCCAUGCAUUGGAUUUCCUCUGUUUGACUGAAACCUGGACUUCACCCGCUCAUUUCCUUACGUGAUGGUGGUGAUAAUGAAGCCCUGGACAGAUCCGGAGAGGAUACAGAGAGGCUAAGGAUGACAUCCACACAGCCGUUUUGAACGUGGAUGUCAAUGCCGCGGCAAAGGAUGGGCCUUCUCCUCUUGACUACCUUCGUCCCCCUGUUGGCCCUGAGCGCUGUGUCACCGGCCACGGUGGGUAACCCCGAGGAUUACGCCGCAGACGAGGCGGAGCGGACCGUCGGUGAGAACAUUGUGUUUGAUGACUACCGGGGCAAGGGAUGCGUGGAUGACAGCGGCUUCGUCUACAAACUGGGGGAACGUUUUUAUCCGGGACACUCGAACUGCCCGUGCGUGUGCACAGAGGACGGGCCUGUGUGCGACCAACCCGAGUGCCCGAAACUGCAUCCAAAGUGCACCAAAGUGGAACACAAUGGAUGCUGCCCUGAGUGCAAAGAGGUGAAAAACUUUUGCGAGUACCGAGGGAAAACCUAUAAAAUUCUGGAAGAAUUCAAGCCGUCACCCUGUGAGUGGUGCCGCUGCGAACCAAAUAAUGAAGUGCAUUGUGUGGUGUCCGAUUGCGCCGUCCCAGAGUGUGUCAACCCUGUGUACGAGCCAGAGCAAUGCUGCCCCAUCUGUAAAAACGGUCCAAAUUGCUUUGCUGGAACAACGAUCAUCCCAGCCGGAAUUGAAGUAAAGGUGGACGACUGUACCAUCUGCCGCUGCCACAACGGAGACUGGUGGAAGCCGGCGCAGUGCUUGCGGCGAGAGUGCCUCAACGGCCAGUCAUUGUCAUAGACGGACUCCUACGGGGAUGGUAGAAAAGCUCAGGCAAGGCUCUGCCUACUGUGCCAUUUUGUAUGAUUGACAGGGCAGGAGCACAAUUCCUAUAAAUCCUGAGACAGCAUACAGUAGGAUCGAAGAGGUGAUCUCGCUGGCUUCACACAAAUGUAGCCAGCGAGAAGAAGAUGGAACUUGUCUCAGCUGUUUCCACACUCUGGUUUUAAUCGUCCUAUAUAUUUUCAGAAGUUGACUUGCUUGACUUGCUGCUCUCACACACACACAAAAAAGUUUCUUAGCUCCCUGAACUCUUUCCUAACCAUUGGCAAUGUUGAAUUGCUCAAAUUGAUUUCUGUACGUAUGUCAUCAGCUUGUUGUGCGUGCCAGUCACAAUCACACAGGUGUUCCAGCAGAACAAACCGUAAGCACACUUAGCAGCGCUUCUUUUGGCAUACAAGGAUUAGCACUGAUGAAAACACAGCAAAGAUGUGCUUGAGUUACACGACUUCACUCUAAGAGCUUGUUUACAAGAUGUGCAUCACACAUAAACGUUUGCCUCUUCAUGAGACUUUAUCGCUGCGGCAGGAGCUCGCUCCUAACAUACAUGAUGCAACUUGCAACUGUCAUAUAUCAUUAACAGCUAUGGAACCUCAAAGGCUGAUUUUAUUGAUCAACACACCAUGGUUUUGAGUCAUGUCUCACGGGCAGGAUAAAUUUGUACCACCUGGAGCUGAGGGGGAAUGAAAUGUAGUUUUUCAAAAAAGAAAAAGAAAAAAAAACUGCAUCCCUGAGAAGAGCCAUGCUGCAUCAAACCCCUCCCCCCCCAAAAAACAACAACUUUGGGCAACCCUUUCCAGUUCAAUUGGCUUUAUUGUUUUCUCUCAGAGGUCCAUAUUCUCCAAAAUAUUCUCACUAACUGCUUGAACUUGUUAUCAAAGCAAUUUGUGAGCCAGUAGCAGCCUGCUUUAAUUUUCCUUAAUCAAGGAGUAUUCUGUGAUAAAUCAUCCAGCUGGGUGCUUGGCGCUGCUGCAGCCUGCAUGCUGGGCACAUUCAGUGAGAACCAACAGACAAAAGGCGGGAACGUGCAUAUGUCUAAGUGCUUUUAAGCAGCAUUCACAAGCAUAUUGUUCAUAUGAGUGUGCACUAGCGUGCCAUUCAUAAACAAACUCGGGCAUAGCAUGAUACACACAGUUAAAUUAUAUCGCUCGUUUAGCUCAUGUAAUAGAUUUUCAGUUCCUACUCUUCUCCAUAUGUUGAAAUGGCUCAGGCGGUGUGGUGGAGCCACAGCCAUGGCUAUAACAUAAAGACAAGCUAAUGUAUUGCUUUGACAUUUUUUUCAUAUCAGAGUGGUCCUCAAGCAGCCCUGUCUGAAAGAAGAAAAACAAAAAGCACCCAAGCAGUGCCCAAAACACGAUGUUUUUGAAAUGAUAAAUACAAGUCAUUAAUUCAAAGGUGAAUUUCCGUAAGCUAAUGCCAUUCAUCACUAGAAUUUUUUCCAUUUCCAGAAAAUCCGUUCCCGUUAACCUUUUAGACCCUAUUCCUGGGCGGUGAUGGAUGAGCUGCUUAAUAGCAGCUCCCAGCACUCUGUAAUGAGACAGAAAUGAACAUAGGAUAAAGACCAAUGACUAAAGAGGUGCAUUACCUUAAAAGGAACUAAAACCAAUUUUAGAGGAAUCUCAUAGUCUGCAGAGUUGCUGGUUGCAGCAUAUGGGUGAUGAAGAAAUCUCUGAAUUGGAAGAUCUGCAAGGUUCAGUCUUAGGUGGAACAAAGGAGCUUGGUUCAUUUUUAUCAGCAAGUUACAGUGAUGUAGUAUGUUUCAGACGACCUAAUCUAUCUGGUCUCAUAAAACAAAAAUGACAUGAAUGGUUUAUCAGUCACAGCCUCAGUGCUCCACACAUUUUAGAAUUAUUAAACGAGCUUCAUUCAUCUUAAUUAAGUUAAAUGCCACAUAAUUUUUCAGCCUAUACAUGCAUCCCCCAAAAAAUGAGAGUUGCUCGGAUAUUUUGGGUCGCAACAAAGAAAGACUAAAGUGAACGUGCCAGCUGACAAGGCUCAAAGGCAUUGCUGCCACCACAGAUGCCUUAUUGCUACUGUUCCAGAUAAGAUUCACAAAGCAUGGCCUUUGGCAUCAUACAGUAUGAACAGCCGACUGCUUCAAGUGCUACUUUGUUUCACUUCUGUGUGCAGUGGUUACUGCUCUGUAUUACCCCAAACUAUUUAUUGUCUUAUCCUACAACGUUCCAGAAACAGUCAGCAGGGUGAAUAAAAGAACAAGGACGAGUGCAGUUCAAUCUCAGCUAAAAGUGCAGAACUGAACCCAGAGAUGGCUCUAAAAAUAUACCGUCACUUGAUAGUGGUAAAGAGAGAAGCUCAAGGAAGAAACUAAAGAAGGAACUUGAUCUCUGUAGAAAAGUGACAUUGUAAGUCAUUGUACUGGUUGUUCUAAUACUGAUUCCUCCAAUGCUUCUUAUCAAACUAAACUGGGUGAGCUGCCGCUGCUCAUUUUUAUGAUGUUUCAAGCUGCUUUCAUCACCUGAGUUUGAAAGUUGGAACAAAGAGAGUGAAAGGGUUGUCAACAAAAAACUGAAAAGUUAAAAGGUGUGAUCCAGACUGCUAGUGGAAAGAGGGCAUGGGAGAUAUGACAUCAAAUAGAAAAUCAUACAUUCUAAGUUGGUCGUAAAGUUAAAGAAAAACUGUGGAAGAAUUUAGUUUCACUGCACUGGAACUCGCAAGCAGAAAAGUGCUAGUGCAUACUUUGUAUUUUAAAUAACAAGCGAGACGGAUUUGAAACCACACAGAUCAUCCCGAAAUCUUGCCUACGUUGUCAUUUGAAAGAAUAGCCUGUCUGCUAAAAACACAAAGUGGUACUGUGGCACACAUCCACUACACCGCACGUGAGAGUGGCAUCCCAGGCAAACCACACAAAAUUACAUUUCUCCUUCCAAACACAUGAAGCUGCAAGGUUUCCAGGACAGAUUAGCCGCACACUCUGUCUUUCUUCAUCUCCUGCCAAGAAACUUGAGUCUCUAUGUAUGUCUGUGAAGGUUUAUUCAAAUGACCCCAAUGUCUCCUCCUCUCCUCUUGUCAUUAAAACCACAGGCUUGUACAUGGGCAUUUUUGUAAAGGUGCAUCAUUUGCUUUUUUCCAUGAGACACCGACUUACUGUAGCUGGAAACAAUGAAAGAUUGUUUUAUCUUUUAUUUUUUUCCCCAUUUGUAAUUUUUUUUCAGCAACAAAACUGUUACAUAAAGUGUGCCUGAAAAACAACACAAAGUAUCGGUAGAGAAAGAGAGAAACACUGUUAUUAUACAAUCAACUGUAUUACUUUUUUGGUGCACCGAGGGUCUGUUCAUGUGGGGCUCAAAUAUGGGAUAGUACAAUUUCUAUAACAAACUGUAAUUUUAUGUUUAAAUAAAGUUGAUUGUAUGUGAAUUCAUGCUCACUCGGGUUCACCCUAAACCGCAAAGCAAAGAGUCCAAAUUUCAAAUAGUUAAACAACCCUUGGUGCUCCA